AACGGACAGUGCCCUGCAUCUUCCACUCACUCUUCCCAGCAUCCAGGCGGCUGUGCUGCCCGCCCAUGGUUCACUCGACCCGAUCCGGGACCAAAGAAAAAAAAAAAAAAAAAAAAAAAAGCAGAGCCCGCGGGCAAGAGCAGAGGUGCAGCUGGCCACAGCAAAUCCAUUCAACCACAACGAACUGAACUCGGCCAGGACCAAAAUCAAUUGUGCACACACUUUGCAACCUCGACCAGUAUCGCGGCACACGUUGUUCGCACCAUGAAGGGCUUGCUCUCAAAUGGCUACGAGCACAUCCGUGACCCGCUCGAGACGAGCUGAAGGUCUGCGUCAUCCGCAUUCGAGCAACACUGUCACCUACCGGUCGCACUCGUCACCGCAGAACCACGCCGCCCAACACCCGCUCGCGAACGCGACCUCCGCCGAACAAUCCCCAUCCCCCAUCAAGCCGCCAAACACUGCCACCACCACCACCACCACCACCGUCCAACAACGCAACAAGCGAUCACUCGAGCCCCGAGAAUGUGAUCCCGUGCCUCCCAAAAAGGCUCGAUAUGAGUUUGCCGUCGAGAUACCUGCCCGGCCGUCAUUUCGUCAAUCGGCUUCAAUUGACUCCUCGCGCGACGCGAAGCCCCCGACGCCUACAGCCCCUAACCCGAAGCCUGUCGUCACUGUCACUGCGGCACCAAAGCCCCCAAAUCCCUCCACGCGUGCCCCUCCUACCACUGCUGCAAAACCCAGCACAACCGCCACCAAACAACCAUCGGGCCUUACACGGCACCAGGAAAAGGUGGUCAAUGGCUUGAAGCAUGAAUUGAGCAGGCUGAACCCCAAUGCUGCCGAUACCAUCAAGGAGGGCGGUCGCAAAUUACGAUCGCAGGAAGGCACUCGCUUCAAGAGCGAGUUGGCCGCCUACUUUCCCGACUAUGAUGAGGUAAUCGGCAAUGACCCCAAGGAGCAGCACCUCCUCAAUCUCGACACCCCCAUUGUUAUUGGAGGCACCCAUGGCUUCCGGCCCCGUCCAAUCGAAUCCUAUCCUAUCCGAGGCUACGGCGAUGCUCUGUUUACCGAUCUCUACGAUUCCCAGACAAUCAACUUUAGCUUUUUGGAAACCCAACACAAAGGAAAAGCAGCCUUGAAGGACGAUCCGUUGCCGGAUUCCCUCUACGAAACAGCUCACAAGAAGGCGGAACGGUUGGAACGCUCAAUACGAAAUUCGGAAAAGGGACGGGCUCAACAUGAAAAGGACCAAAUCAUUCGACUGCUGGAUGCCUUGCAGGGUCAUGACUGGCUGCGGGUAAUGGGCGUCAGUGGGAUCACAGAAGGUCGUAAGAAGCAGUUCGAGCCCGCCCGGGAGCACUUCAUCAAGGGCUGCCAAGCCAUCCUCGAAAAGUUCCGGAGAUGGGCGGCCGAAGAGAAGCGCAGAAAACGGAAAAAGGACCGGACAAGCAAUGCCGAGAGCGGCGGAAAGGGCGGAAAGGGCGGCAAGGGGGCAAAGGCCAACAAGCCGCAGGGCGGAGGGAAGAACGGAAAGCGUAAGCACGAGGAUGCAAAGCAUAAAGUUGAACUUAAGGAUCAUCGAAAAGAUGAAGAUGCGGCCAAGCAUAGGGUUAUUGCUGACAGUGAUGAGGAAAUGGAGGAUCAAGAACAAGACACGGGCGAAUCUGACGGCGAUCCACCAGACGAGAGCGACGUCGACGCGUCCAUUGCAAAGCAGCUUCGUGAAGAGGCAAUCGCCGCGGCCAAGAAGAAGCCGUCCAAAAAGGGCAAACGUCCAAUCCCGCCUCCACCACCGCCUGAGCCAGAGCCCGAACCAUACAGAGAGUUUACCUCGUUCUUCAAGAAGCCAUACCAGCGAGAUGCGGCGCUCAACAAGAACAGGCGAAGGGGCAGAAACGUGCUGGCGUGGGGCCAGCCGGUGCCCGAUGGCGAUGAACGAGAAUUCGCGCUUCCACAAGACAUCAUGGACGAGGAGACGCUGAAAGCCCACGCAAGAAGGAAGCGAAGGGACAAGAGGGGUAAACAUUGAACGUGAUGUCUUAACAAAUUUCUCUAUUAUUAUCUGGGCAUUGAGAGUGUUCUCGGCUGGCGUUUGGUGGUCAUUCAGGGAUAACAAGCCAUGGUGUUUAUUUACUUCUUAGCCGGGCCGUCUUGUCUUUGUGCUAAUUGGGGUGUUUGAAUUCUGGGUAUGUAUUCCCAAUGUAGGAAUUAUUAGCCUGGGAUGCUUUAGUUUGAUGUCACACUCUUCAUAUCAUCAUCAUGGUACACAUGAUUACUUGUUUUGAGAGAAAUGAUAGCACGGCAUAACCACAUGGGGAGUGUGUUCUGUUUCUUUGGCUUCUAGAAGUAGUAGUUUUCCUUAGGCAGUAGUAGUUGUAAACACUUAGUGUAAGGGUCUGCCAAAUUUGUUAUCUUGACCUCGAC